ACAGUCAGACAUCAUCCAGUGCACCUGACCUAAGCAAGAAUGAGUUCAAAGAGGAGGAGGAGAGGCUGACUGCAGAGCUGCUCCUCAUUACCCAGAAGAGAAAUGAGGAGAGAGAUCGCCUGAUCUCUUUCAGAGAGGGAUCCAUGAACAAGAGUACCAGACCGUUACAGAAGCUAAAUCCGCUCUAUGAACAACUGACAUUAAAGAAGAAUCAAGUCAUGUCAUUUCUGCACAACUUAGAGAUGGAGAAAAUUGAGGCCCAAGAGAACAUCCAGGAGCUCAAGAAGGAGAUAAACUUCUAUACAAACCUACAUGGCCGGCUCACAAUGGAGAAGAAUUUUAUUAAGAUGUCCAUCACACGGAAGCGGGAGAGCAAGGAAGUACAGAUUGAUUGGGCUCUUAUUGAUAAAUAUUUGGUUGACUUGAACCUGAAUGGUAAAGACGAACAGCAGCAGACCAGCAACUGUGAGACCCAACAACUUCAGAACUCAGAGAUGCCAGCAAGAGCUGAAAUUUCCACAGCCCAGGAAGAGAGCAUCCUGCAGAAUGAGUUUUCACCUCAGGAGCCCACUGCUGAACUCCAUGCUCAACAUCCACAAUCUUCUUUGAAUGACUCCUCUUCCACACAGUUCAUUUCCUCAGUGUGACUAGGAGGAAGCCAGUGAGCCAGCUGAUUCAGGGUGUUAUUCCCUUUCCUGUCCUGUCAACACCCCUUGAGAGAGGACUGAGGUGACUGCCCUGCCAACAGCUGUCCAAGAGGAGACAUAGGCUGUAGGUCUGUACUGCUUAAUGUGCAGUGAGAGAAGGCUGAUGUACAAUAAUUUUCUGUUGGAGUUUUGGUUGAAGUUUUAGUUUGUAUUGUUUUAUUCAUUUUUAUGUUUUGGGGAAGUUAUAUGUUCUUAUUGGUUUUCAUGUUUGGAUUUUGCUUUUAUCUCUUUAUAUUAAGUGUACUUUUAGAGCCUGUUUUUUAAACAUUGUAUUUCUUAUAAAUAAAAAUUGAUUUACAACACUUG